AUGCAUAUGCAAGAGAUCAUCACUUCCGACAAGCCCGUUACGGUCCGAUCAUCUCGCUGGACCAAACUUGUCCUCGACAAGCUCUACAAAGCCAUGCUAGAGCUGGUCGCCAAGAUCGGAGAGAUUCGUGAGAAGCUCAGUCCCAUGAUGCGCAAAGUCAUCGAAGAAGCAGAGCACUUUGCCCACGAGCUUGAGGAGUUUCAAGAGGAGCAUCCAAUUCUUACCGCCUCCAUCGAAACUACCGCGUUGGCCGUUUUGAUCGCAGUGCUAGCUCCUUUCCUGCUUGAAGCCCUUGGCUUUGGUGUUGAAGGCGUCGUCGAAGGCAGUCUCGCCGCGAGAUUCCAGUCUCUCUAUCCUGAUGUGCCUUAUGGCUCGUUGUUCUCAAAGCUGCAGAGUUUCGCUGUCAGAUAUGGAAAGAGUCUUGUGUAA